CGAGCGCAAGGUCGUGCCGAGGUAUAUCGAGGUGCAUCUACCACUCUUUCGCGCAUCUCAUCGUCACCAUCGCCGCUCCUCUCAUCGAAAUUGCCAAGCCGCGAAUCGCGUUCCUCGCAAAUCUCUCGACGAUGUAGUCCAUGAUGUAGUCGAGAUCGAGGUACUCGAGAUGCGUCGGACAUCCCCCCAAGAUUCGCGCUUUUGCGCGGUACUCGGUUCGCGGGUAAGCUUGACCAAGCACAACAUCCCUGGUUCUUGCGCGAGGGGAUAUCGAUAUUGUCAUGCCGAGGCAUCGUCGAUGUGGACAGAAACCCAGCGGAUGACAGCCGAUUGAACGAAAUUAAAGAAAAUUAAGGCGACUCGUGCGAUCGUUCACUUGGAGGUGGAUCGCGAUAACGCCCCGCUCGAGCCGUGGAUGAGAUUUGAAGAACGAAGAUGAAGGCUACUGUGACAAGUGUUUUUUUCCUAUGUCUCUUCUGCUCCAAUCUGCCGGGUGUCAUCAUGAACUUUGACCCGUUCUGCGGUGGUCACUUGGCAGGCCCUAGAGGCGUCAUACACACGCCGAAUUUCCCUGGACAGUUUCCGAUUCCGAUCAAGUGUCGUUGGGUGAUUGACGUGUCCGAUAUCCCGUCGACCAAUAGCUCCAUCGUCGUCUACCUGACGCAGCUCUAUGUCUACAAGGGGCUUCGCUUCACCGAAUAUGCGUACUACGAGUCCGAGACCAUGAACUUUGGUGCGGCCCUAGUUAAGGAGGUGACCGAGGGUAACGUCUUUAAGUAUCAACGCCUGAGAACGUUCAGGCCGUUCUUGGUAGUCGAGUUCGAGCUCGAUCGACUCGAGGGUAAUCACGUGAGGGUAUUGAAUGACCUGCUCGACGUAUAUGGAUUCAAUGUGACUUACGAAAUGACUGAAGAACAUCCAAAUCCCGAGUCCUGCACCAUACGCGACUGCUCCUUCGCAGGCAACUGUCUCGUCUCUGCGGAUUACACGUCUUUCUGGUGCGAUUGUUUCGAUAGUUUUAAUGGAAGGAGCUGCAACGAAGGUCCGUUGUGUUUUAACGAUGAAAAUAUUCCAGUUUGUCAAAAUGAAGCCACAUGCAGACAAAUUGGAGCAGAAGCAAUGCACUGCGAUUGUCCGAAUGGUUACGUCGGACACAAUUGCGAAACUCGUCUUUUAGAUACAUCAGAAACAGAAUGCGCUUCGGAGAAUUGCAUACUGCAGUGUCCUGUCAACGAGCAAGAACAACCGUGUACUUGUAAAGACGGUACGAAGAUAUACAACAAUCGAUCAAGGUAUGAAUGCAGAAUCAAGCUGUCGAACGUUACGUCUCUCCGCACGGGUCUCAUAUCGCAACACGGAAGUUUGGAAUCAUUUAGUAAACAGACUUUGGUUGCUCUUGCAGUGAACUUUUCAAUUCUCUCGAUGAACUUCGUUAGGCACGGUGUCAUGACAAUUUACACAUGAACAACACACGUGUCAAAGAUCGAAGAAGGACGUAACGAUGAGAUCGUUAGAUAAUAUAAAUGAUGUAAAGCGUCACCUCGACCUGAACGCUGUUUCUCGUCGUCGAU